AGCCCUCCAUCUGUCCACGUCCGGAGUUCAGCACCCAAAAGAAGAGCCGGCCCCCUUACUAUUGGUCCUUCGGCGCCAACAGAGGCCGCACCGGUGGAAUAAAAAUCCAUAACCUCAAAGUACAAGUAUCUCCAGCAAAACCGUGAGUAAAAAUCAAUUUUUUACUAACCCUGCGGUGAAACAAAGAUAUUAAAAAAGGCAGAAAAUAAUUCCUUGUAUGGUUAGUAAGCGCCAGCAUUAAGUCAUACAUUUUCCCUUGCUCGGGCCAUAAAUUUUCAAUUUUCCCGCCAUAUUUUCAUUUUUCCCGCCAAUUUUACCUUUUUUGCGCCAAUUUUCACGAAUUUUUUACCCACACAAAGACUUUUGCAAGAAUACAUAUACAUAUGUACUUCACAUAACAUUCUGUAGCAUACAAGCAAAUAGUACUUGGCGUACAUAUAUAUAUACACAUAUACCAAAGCUCAUAGUAUAUACAGCGGCUAAUCAGUUAAUCCCAAACAAACAUACAAGGAAUUAUAGCUGGGAAUACAUAACUAACCCCUCGUUUAGUAAUCCCUAUAUAUAUAUAUAUAUACACAUACAUUCAUACACAUACCCAACUACGUAUUGGGCAUAUAAAAGAAAGUGCGGUACAAAGUAAAUAAAAUAACGUACAGUGAACUCCCUACAACAAAUACCCAUAAAAAAGGCAAGGCAGUUACAGUGCUCGAAAAGAUAAAAUACAGUCCAUUAGAUAGGUAAUCAUACAUUUUGCGCUCAAAUUAUCUCCAUUUGUGGUUUGCGUGAACAGGGUCAAGCGUUAUUAGUUUUCCCACACUCUCUUGGUUUCCAGGCGCUCCCCUGUGAUUAAUUCAAACCGUAUUAUUUGCGACCGCACAGUAAAGCCCCGAUUGUAUUUGAUCACCCCCACAUCCCAACCUUAAUUAGGUCCGCUCAUUCGACUUCGAAUGCUAGGUCUCACUAGCACUCAAGAUAAGCCAAAAAGUCCCAGAAUGAGCGAAGAAGAAAAAAUUCUCGAGACCCCCGCGGAAUCUCAGCGCUCUACGCGUACAAGCGGAAAGCCAAAAAAGGCAAAACAAUCGGUCAUAUGUACUAAAUUCAUAUCGGAGACAGAUAAUUUGAUGGAUUACUGCGCCCGAUUCAGAUCAGCCCCGAUCGAAGAAAAUACUGAGUCUGUACUGAAAAUAAAAGACAAGAGCCUAGAAAACUUUUGGAAUAGAGUUCAAAACGCCUUUGAUUCGACUUUGGAAAUUGAAGAACAUGACCUCCCCGAAGACUUUAGAGCGUCUGCCUACAGUAAAUAUAGGUCAUGUUUGAUUAUAUAUGAAGAAACAAAAGCCCAAAUCGGAGACCAACUCCAGUUAGUAGCACAAACCACAAGUCCCACUCCCAAAGCCAGUACAUCACUUCCUCAGGAAACUUCAGGCAUAAGCUUAAACGUCCCACCUUGCGACACCGAAACCUUUUAUGGGGGUUAUGAGCAAUGGCCGUCCUUCCGUGAUAUGUUCACGGCGGUCUAUAUAAAUCACCCUAAGCUCACUAAGGCGCAGAAGUUGUACCAUCUCAGGUACAAAACGCAAGGAAAAGCUGCCCAAAUAGUUAAACAAUUCCCUCUGAGUGACGAUAAUUUCGAGCUGGCAUGGGAAGCACUAAAAGCUCGCUAUGAAAACAAAAGGGUUUUAGUAGAUAACCAAAUCCGCAUCCUUAUGAAUCUAAAACCCAUCCCAAUAGAAAAUAGCGAAGACAUACAGAGACUGCAAUCAUCGGUGAAUAACUGUCUCCAGAUUCUAGGCACCCAGCAAGUCUCCACCGAAAGCUGGGAUCCCAUUCUGAUCUACCUGGUUACCUCCAAGCUUCCUGAGAACACCGUGGCCCUAUGGGAGCAGUCCCUCAGUUCCAGGAAAGACCUCCCGAACUGGUCCCAAAUGAACCAGUUCCUCACUACUCGAUACGAGGUGGUUGAAAGGGUAGAUCAAUUUCGUGCACCCAAACCUCCGCGGACUAAUCCUUCGACAAUAGGCUACUCGAGGCCAACCCCUCCUAACAGUAGGCCAUUCCCUAAACCCCCCACCUCUCAGAACUCUCACAACAACUCCUUUGUGCAAUAAACCUCAACACACUCUCUCUCAGUGCUCCAAAUUUCGUCAACUGCCAACUCAGGAUCGCAGAAAGUUUGUGAGAGAACACAACCUCUGUUUUAAUUGCCUAUGUCAGACCCACUUGAUAAAAGACUGCUCAAGUAAAUAUACUUGCUCCCAUUGUCAAGAACGGCAUCACUCAAUGCUUCAUGAAGACACGCCCCCCAUGCCUCCAAGACAGCAGUCUCGAACUCAAAGAACGACAUCUCAGGUCGCUUUGACGACGCCCGCUAAUUCCAACCCACAAAGUCCAGCUGGGUCGGCAACAAAUCAUGAGGAGCCUUCAUGCUCAAACAGAGCAAGAGUACAGUCCUUCUACUCGGAAAAUGAGAGCAAGAUUCUCCUCCCAACAGCAAUAGUUCCAGUUGAGCACAAGGGCGAGAUCUUCAAGCUCAGAGCUCUCAUAGAUCAGGGUUCGGAACGAACUUUUAUUUCCUCCAAAGCCCAAAAUAAACUAAGGCUACCAUACGAAGCUUCUAACUUUGAAAUUUCUGGCAUGGGAGGAAGAGUUGUUCAGACUUCGAACAAACUAUGCAAUCUCGUCUUAGCCUCCGCAGAUUUGACCACGAAAAUAAAGGCUCAAGCAAUAGUCCUGCCACAGUUGACGAAAAUGCUUCCCAAAUUCCAGCCAACUCUCGAACAACGAGAAAAAUGGUCUCACCUCCAGCUAGCAGAUACUAACUGCCACUCCCCGUCCCAAAUUGAUCUGGUCAUUGGCAGUGACCUCAUUCCUGAAAUAAUGCUGGAAGGCAUUGAGAAAAUUUCCAAAAAUCUGCUUGCACAAAA